AUGUCAACGACCCCAGUUGCUGACGUUCCUCGAAUCAAUGUCUCUCCCCUAUUUGGUGAUAAUAUGGCGGAGAAGAUGAAAGUUGCUCGUGCUAUUGAUGCAGCCUCGCGCGGGUCAGGUUUCUUCUACGCAGUCGGCCAUGGGGUCGAUGUCAAUCGCCUCACGGAGGAGACCCGGAAAUUCCACCUCUCUAUUACCGACGAGGAGAAGUGGCAGCUCGCCAUUCGGGCGUACAAUAAAGAACACGAAAAGCAGAUUCGCAGUGGCUACUAUUUGCCCAUCCCUGGGAAGAAGGCUGUCGAGUCAUUCUGUUAUCUCAAUCCCAACUACAGCUCCGACCAUCCCCGCAUUCAGCAGGGCACACCGUUUCACGAGGUGAAUGUCUGGCCAGACGAGGACAAGCACCCAGGUUUCCGGCAAUUUGCCGAGCAGUAUUACUGGGAUGUGUUUGGCCUCUCCUCGGCCCUCUUGCGUGGUUACGCACUUGCCCUUGGCAAGGAAGAGGACUUUUUCACCAAGCACUUUCGAAAGCAUGAUACGCUGUCCUCAGUGGUCCUUAUCAGAUACCCUUAUAUCGAGGACUACCCGGCUCCUGCAAUAAAAACUGCCAGUGAUGGCACGAAGCUCAGCUUCGAGUGGCACGAAGACGUUUCCCUUAUCACCGUCCUGUAUCAAUCCCAGGUUCAAAACCUACAGGUGCAGACGCCGGAGGGCUGGCUGGAUAUCGAAGCUGACGACACCGGAUACCUUGUCAACUGCGGAAGCUACAUGGCCCAUAUCACUAACAACUUCUACCCGGCGCCCAUUCAUCGUGUCAAAUUCGUGAACGCAGAGCGCCAAUCCCUUCCCUUCUUUGUCAACCUGGGGUUUGAUGACGUUGUUGAGCCGUGGAACCCAGGCUCCAACUCUCAGAACUCCGAGACAGCCAGGAAGCCUAUUCCGUAUGGCCAGUACUUGCAGGAUGGUCUGAUUGGCUUGAUCAAGAAGAACGGGCAGACCUAA